GGACAUGUUGUGUGUGUUAAGCUGUAGUAGCUAGUAAAUUGGCGCCAAUCGGCAUAAUUGUAUUUAAGUUGUUUGAGAUAACAUCAUAAUCGAGUUGUACAAGUAAAAUAAUGAUUGAGAACGACAUUUCAGCGUGGUCUCCUGACGAUACGCUAAGGAUAUUAAUAGCCUCCGAUAUUCAUCUUGGUUUCAUGGAAAAUGAUCCGGUACGCGGAGAAGAUAGCUUUAUAGCUUUUGAAGAAGUUUUGUCUCUUGCGGUACAAUGUGAUGUUGAUUUGAUACUUUUAGGAGGUGAUCUGUUUGAUCAAGCUAAACCUUCUGUCAAUUGUAUGUUUAAAUGUACAGAAAUAAUCCGCAAAUAUUGUCUUGGGGAUAAACCGGUUAGUAUAGAGUUGCUGUCUGACCAAAUAAAAAAUUUUUCAAGAACAGUUAACUAUGAGGACCCCAAUUUGAAUAUUUCUUACCCUAUUCUCUCAAUACACGGCAAUCAUGAUGAUCCCGUUGGCCAGGGCAGUGUGAGUUCUCUUGAUAUUCUCUCAAUCACUGGGUUAGUUAAUUAUUUUGGUAAAUGGACCGACUACACGCACGUAAGAAUAUCACCAGUACUUUUGCAAAAAGGUCUUACGAGGCUCGCCCUCUAUGGACUUAGCCAUUUAAAAGAUCAGAGACUUUCACGUCUUUUUGCUGAAAAAAAAGUGGAAAUGGAGAGACCCGAUGAAACAUUGGACUGGUUCAAUUUAUUUGUACUACAUCAAAAUCAUGCUGACAGAGGACACAGUAACUAUAUUCCAGAAGGAGUGCUACCAAUUUUUAGAUCUGUAGUGUGGGGCCAUGAGCAUGAUAGCCAUAUUUGUCCAAUGAAGGGAAAUAAAACAGAGAAAGACAGCUUUUUUGUUGUACAACCAGGUAGUACUGUGGCAACCUCUUUAGCUGCAGGAGAAGCACUUCCUAAGCAUUGUGGUUUAUUAGAAAUACAUAAAGGAAAUUUCAAGUUAACUCCUCUGCCACUGCAAACAGUAAGGCCUUUUAUAUUUAAAACCAUAGUGCUUUCAGAGGAAAAUAUAGGCAGUGAGGAUGUUAAUGAAAAUGAAAAGGUUCAAGAGUUUUUAAAAAACAGAGUUAAUGAAGCUAUUGAUGAGGCUUCAAAGCUGAAGACUGCUGAUCUGAGGCAGCCUUUACUACCACUCAUCAGGUUAAGUAUUUUUUAUGAGCGAGAAAGUCAGAACUUUAAUAGGAUACGUUUUGGACAGAAUUUUAAUGGUUUGGUUGCAAAUCCUAAUGAUCUAUUAAUAAUGAAGAAAGAAAAAAAGAUUAGAGAAAAAAGAGAACGUGAUCCAGAAGAGGAAGGAGACAUGACGGGUGUGGCUGCAGAAGCUGCUGAUGUGGAGUCACUUUUACGUGCAUAUUAUGAAGCUCAGCCGAAGGAUAAGAGACUUUCUGUACUAUCAGUCAGAGUCAUAACUGAUGCAGUUCGGGAUUUUACCCUUAAGCACAAUGAAGAUGUCUUGCGGCGGGCAUUUGAUGCUCAUAAACGUCGUUGCAUUGCUGCACUAUUGGAAUCUACUGCAGAGACCGAAAAAGAAAUUGCUGAACAACUAGAGGUUUGUAAGCGAGAGCUGGAUGAAGCUGAUGAUGAGAAACUCCACACCUUAGUCGAUGCAAGUGCAAGGCCAUCAGCACCUGCAGCACAGCUUAUAGUACCAGUUGUAAAGCUGCCCAAUACUGUUGGCAAGCGCACCAUUGUAGUAUUGUCUAGUGAUGAAGAAGAAUUGUCGACACGAUCUGGACGCGGCCGUACCACUCGUGCAUCGCGCGGAAAGUCUCCUCGAGGAAAGAGCACCCGAGCGACUAAGGCUUCGGCACCUGCCCCCUCGCCGCCGGAACGCAGAACUCCGAGGCGUUCGGCAGCUCAGAAAUCCACAUCGUGCUUCAGAAUAUCAUGAACUCCAGUCGUCGCCGCGGUUCUAACGAUAUCGAAAAUGACUCUGAUUGAUUAUACUCUAUAAUUGUUUUCAAGUAUCAUCAUUUCAGCACAUUAAUAAAAAAAUACUAUU